UUCACACAGCCAAGCAAGUGGCAGUGCGAUUCAGAGGUUCAGGCAUGGCAGCUCCGAGAGCACUUGUCCUCGCCGUCCUGCUGGCGAUCGCCGUCGCCAACGCCGAGGCAGCGUCAGUCGUCGUCGGCCUGGCCAAGUGCGCCGACUGCACCAGGAAGAACAUCAAGGCUGAGGAAGCCUUCAAGGGUCUCCAGGUGGCGAUCAAAUGCAAGAACAUCGACGGCGAGUACGAGAGCAAGGCGGUGGGUGCCCUCGACGGCACCGGCGCCUUCAGCGUGCCCCUCGCCGCCGAUCUCCAUGGCGCCGACUGCGUCGCACAGCUCCACAGCGCCGCC